AUGCGACUCAAAUACAUCCUAGCGGCUGCUGCUUCUACCCUCUGUGCUGGCCACAACAUCGUCACCGUAUCUGCCGGUAAUGACAUUGUACUGACUGGUGUAAUGUCGAUGGGCGUUUUGCACCUCGUCAGUGCUGACCAAAGCACCAUCGACUAUGCUCGAUUCCUGAGAGUGAACAAAGCUGUCGGUGAAAACAACGAAGAGAGGGCUGGGGAAGGUGCUCAAAAGGCAAAGGCCCUUGUCAGCCAGAUGUUCAAGUCAAACUCUUUUUCAGCCCAUGGACGAAAAGCUGAAAUCGGUGUUCAACUUCGCUAA